AUGGGUUGUUUUAAUUCGAAAACUCUAAGCCGUAAAAGCUUAUUAAAAUUAUUUGAGAAGAAUAACGCAGCUACAAUUAUUUACGGUGAAUACCGAAAAAUAAUGGGCAUGGAUCUGAGUGGAUUUCUACGUCUUUCUGCAUCUAUUGAAAUCUUCCAAGGAAGCCAACGUGAAGAAGAAGAAGAGCUCUUCGAACACAGCCGCGUUAAUUUGUCUAAUGGAACGGGCUUAUAUAUCCCUACUAACGCAAGCUACAUCGACGGCUUUAAGGAUCCUCAAGCUUACAUCGUAACAAGGACUCCCAAUUCGGAAACCACAGCUUACAAUUUUUGA